UCCUCCAUUAGCAAAGAAAAUGAAUAGCAUGGAUUUGGCUGCGAGUUACUUUAAGAGAGAGAGGCUGGGAGGGGAUGGAGGAGACCUGAUCAAUGCCAUGUGUCCAGGAAACCGAAAAGGCAACCGAAAUGCCUCGGGGUGUGCUUCCCCCUCACCUCCAGCUGAUUUUAGCUCAGCCUUUUCGCUCCUUUCAGGAGCUGAUUCACUCUCCAUUGUCUCCGCACCUCCCUCUCCCUUCUGUAGGGGAGGGCUGACUCACUCCCAGCUUCAGAGGCGUUCCGAGCAGGCGGGUCGCAGGUCAGCCUGGCCCGGUGCUCAGCGCGUAACUUCGCCCCCGGGUCUCUGUCCUGCGGGGGAGUGGGAGGGCGUCGAGUGUUACAGCCCCCAGCCGAGCGUGCUGCUUCUCGGAGAGGGACUUGUGCCCUCACCUACGUGGACACGGGGAGGAAGUGCGAAAGUGGGAGCGCAGGUAGCUUGGCGUUCCGUAGGGGGCUCGGUGAGGGAAAAAAAAUCUGAGGGGGAGACAUCACCUCAUCUCCUAGCUUCCCUGAGAGGAAUUGCUGUCUCGGGGCUCCACGCCCCCGUUAUGGAGCCUCCACGCUCCGAGUCCCUACGCAGGGCUCGGCCACCUGCACAGAGCGGGGCUGGCGCGGCUCAGAGCCGCGGGGCUAGUCGCUGUCCCCGGCAAAGAGACGGAAUCUCUCUGAAGUCGAGUCUCUGCCUGCAGCUCCCAGCUGGUCCCGAGGGAUGAAAGGAGCAGAAGCCCCGCUGGGUCCAAAGGCGAACGAGCAACCUUUUUAAAAAAGGUUGUCUUGGGUCCUCUUUGACUUUUCAAGACCUGUCUUCUUUUGCUGGAUUUUUUUUUUUUUUAAGCUCUACAUACUUUUAUAGCACUUAUAUGUGUGUGAUUUAUGACUCUUUCCUGAAGCUGAUGGAAAACCGGUGCAUUUUCCCCUGAACGUUUCCUCAUCCUCUCUUCACCCGUCCCUAGUAUUACCUACCUGUCGCUAUCCUAGGCAGAGAUCUGGAAGAGCGCGCCUCUGUUGAUCAGGACCAUUUCUGCUCCCUGAUGCCCUCCCCCUCCCCCCCCCCCCCCAUCCGACACCGAGCAAAGUGGAAAUAGGAAAACUCCAGCAACGCUGCUGGCUGCUGUCCUGCCCUGGGGCUCACAGGGGUUGGGUGGGGUUCCACCUUCAGCCCACGCUUCGCAUCAAAGAUACUCAGGACGCACUUUGGUCAUAUCAAGGUCGUGUCAGUCCAGAAGAGACUUUAGUCAUUACCUGCUCGUGCGGAGGUCUCCGGUAAUCACCCAAAGCCCACCGGGUCCGGCCGGUUGCAAGGGGGGAAAGUAGCAGAACAGCUGGGCUCCGGCAUGGUAGUUUUUUAAGGAUCACCACCAAGGUCUCUGCUUUCCAUAGCUGCCGAUUAUCACCAUCGCCCAAGGGUUCUUUCAAGGAAAGGAGGAAGGAAAUAUACUUCCCAAGCCUCUGUCCAGCCGGUCGUUUGACCCUGAAACCGCCGAUGACCGAGGAACCCCCUCCGCAACGUUAAACGCCCGUAAUUUCCCUCUGCUUCUCCCCCGGCGGCUCCGGCGCACCGCCACCGCGCGAUCUUAUCGCCGCGUGAUCAUUAUUCACCGGUGACAAGCGGAGAUGCGGAGCUCCUAAGUGAGGGUGACGGAUUUCAAACGCGGUGCUGCGGCGUGCACAGCCUCAAGACAUAUUCUUCCUCAAACUUUGCCUAGCAAGCAAGUCAGCGUCUUAACCCUUUGCAUCCCUGCUUGUCGCACGGGCACCACUUAUUUGCUGGGGGGCACUUCAUUACAUGUCAUUUUCUGUUCUUGAAUUGAAACAAAUCUGAACCACCAAGUCUGGAGAGCAGUUGGAGAGCUAAAUACUUCUGUGGUUAGAGACUGGAAAAAUCCUCCCGGCAAAGCAGUCCCUGUGGGACUCACCUUUGUCACCAGGUUUGGUAUGCAAAACGCCACAUGCAUCAUACGGAAUUAAUACAGAACUGCAUUUUGUUCAGCUUGAUGUGGUUAAAACUCCGUAUCUGAAAGCACUAUUUCACUCAGACCUUCAGCUCUAUCUCCUUUACAGGUUAUCAAUAACAGCAGAGCAAGCGAGAAAGGAGCUUAUUUCUGUGGGGGAUUAUUUAAAGAAAACAACAGCAACAACAACAACAAAAACCUUUUUGAUGCAUGCACUUUGUAGUCAGAAGAAAUAUUUACCACUAGCAAACUUCAGCAUGCCAGAACAGGUUUCCUCCGAAGCAGAGGAGAGCCCUAAAAAGAGGGAAAACAACAAGAAG